AUGUCCAUUGCAAUCUGGCCUCCCAUCGCGCCCGAAGAGCUCAGGCUUAAAGCCUCCGAGACCCAGGCGCGCGAGCUAGAUUGGAUCGUCAACGAAACACUCGAAGUCUGUCGCGACCUCAAACAUGGCAUUGAAGAUUGCUAUGCGCUUCUUGCGCCUAUCGACCCCGGUAGCACCCUCGUUAUGAGCACACCACGCAACGAGAAAGUAAAGGGCACGCUCACGCGCGUAGGCACUCGCAUCGUCAAAGGCACUUUACAUCUCCAGCUUCGAACGAUACCCCCACAAACGCUAUCGCUAUCGCAAUCAGACGUCAUUCAUAUUCAGGGCCUCGAUGCUCUGCAUGGCCAUCUCAACCAAUCCAUUGACCUGCUCGGUAUAACCCUGUCCAAGCCGCAGGACGCCUACUCUUUGGCUUCUACUCUUAAUGUUCUCGCCGACUCUCUGGCCGAUGCAUCGGCCAUUCUAAAAGGUCCCCCUUUGACAGACUCUGAUCCUGCUUGGCAAAUGCACUCAUGCCCAUCAAGUCAGUUCGUGCCAUCAAUAGGGCCCAACCUCAGCUUCUACCUCGGUUUGCAGGAAAGCUGCAUAAUACUUUGGCUGCGGGCUCUUGAGCCUGUUCAUGGACAUGUCCAUUUUGGCACCAAACUUGGUCUAGCUUUUGGCACAGUCCGGCGUUUGGAGCACGACGAAAUGGACACCAUCUUCCGGUACAAUACACAGGGGUCCAACAUGAGCGGCUCGAAGCGGGGCAGCGCCCGCCAUACCCCGGAGCCAGGAUCAUCGGCUGCCGACGUGGAUAGUAAUGAUAUUCAGGAAGUAUAUGUCCGGGAAAAAGUACGCGUCGAAAGCGCAGAUCCAAGUCUCAUCUCCAUUCAAUCCAAGCUUAGCUACCUGAGUCACAUGCUUGGCCAAGCAAGGAGAAACGUUGCUGAGGUACUCAGCGUUGACUCUUAG